CAUGGCGGCGCCUUGUCGGAGGCUAACCCGGAAGUGGUCUGGGAUAUUUCGUGUUGUUUUUUUUUUCUCUCUCUCUCUCUCUCCCCCUUUCUUUCUCUUUCUUUCUCUCUCUUUCUCUUCCUUUCCAUGCGUGUUUCGGCGACGGGAUGGACGUGGAGGAGGCUUUUCGGGUGGUCGGAGAAUUCGGAGCCUACCAGAAACGAGCCGUUGCCGUCCUGGCGCUGACCCAGGUCUAUAUGGCGUGCCAGUCCAUGUUGGUGGUUCUGGUGGGAGCCACUCCAGAGUUUCACGUGGAGAAGCACGACGGCCUCCUGUCCUCGGUCACCUUUUUCGGGGACGUGGACUCCAUCGUGACCGAGUGGCUCCUGGUCAAGCAGGAGGCCUACAAGGUGGGCUUGGCCGGGUCGCUCUUCUUCGUCGGCCUCCUGCUCGGGAGCUUCGUCUUCGGACCGCUUUCCGACACCGUCGGCAGGAGACCCGUGUACCUGGCGGCUCUGUUGUCGGAGGUCGUCCUGGGUUACGUGACGGCGUCUCCGAGCUACGAGGUGUUCGCCGCCUCGCGCCUCCUGGUGGGCCUGAUGAACGGCGCCGUCGGUCUGGUCUGCUUCACCCUGACGCAGGAGUACGUCGGCAAGUCCUACUGGGCCACGACAGGGACGCUGACCAGCAUGACGUUUGCGGUGGGCAUCGCCCUUUUCGCGGCUCUGGGUUUCGCCAUCCGGCCGUGGAGGACGCUGGCGGCGGCGGCCAACACCUGGGGGGUCCUCUGCUUCUUGCUGUCCGUAACUCUUCCGGAGUCUCCUCGGUGGCUCUACUCUCGCAACAGCACUCGGCAGGCGCAGGAGAUGGAGGUGAUGCGGCACAUGGCGCUGACCAACGGCUGCCCCGCUCCCGAUCUGACGCUGCGACGGGCGGGGGGCGCCUGCGGCGGCUCGGCGGGCUUCCUGCAGCUGGCGAGCCAUCCUCUCCUCCGCCACAGGACGUUGCUGCUCAUGUAUAUCUGGUAUGUGUGCAGUCUGGUGUAUUACGGCCUGACGCUGGGCGCCGGUGACAUGUCGGGAAGUCGUUACCUGAACGUGGCCAUGUACGGCCUGGUAGAGCUGCCCGCCUACCCGCUCUGCGUCUACUUUAUGAACAAACCCUGGGCCGGCCGGAGAAAAAGUUUGUCAUGUUUCUUGUGUUUGGCUGCGUCCGCGUGCCUCUGCACCAUCUUCAUCGCGGAGGAUGCAGAGUCGGCGCUGGGCGUGACGUCGGCGGCGCUGCUGGGAAAACUGACGGUCAGCGCGGCGUUCAACAUCGUCUACGUGUACACGUCCGAGCUGUACCCCACCGUGCUCAGGAACGCCGGUCUGGGCGUUUGCGCCGUGUCCUGCCGAAUCGGAGGAAUCCUCGCUCCCUUUGUGCCUUCCAUGCGGGCUUUGGCCACAGCCGUGCCGUUCGCCGUCUUCUGUUUGAGCGGCCUUUCCGCCGGAGGUUUGGUGCUGCUGCUGCCGGAGACCCUGAACGCACCGCCGGCCCAGACGCUGGAAGAAAUCCUUCCCAGCCGCGGUCGAGUUCUGGAGAACGAGCCUCUCCUCUAUGAAGAUGACAAGUGAGAGCUCCCAUCCGAGAGUCCAAAAGUCCGACUUGACAACGGUGAUCUGCGUCGACCUGAGCGGGACCAAACAGGAACUUAACAAAAUUGCAGGAGCUUUUUUUUUUUUUUUUUUUUUUUUUUGCAAUGCUGCUUUAGAUUGUUUCAUGAUGAAACUUAAUUUUUCUACGGGGAUAAUCCUUAUUCACCUGUUUAGAUGUUUGUAACUGUUGUAUAUUUUCCUCAACUCUGUUAAGUAUGUUGAUUGGAUGAAGCAAAAUUUGACAUUUGGAGGAUGUCAAGUGCCUUCAGGAGAGCAUUUACUGCUUCUUCCAUUUUCUGGAACUUAGUGUGUCGGUACAAAUCAUUACCAGGGUGAAUUUUGGAGACAUGCUUUUCACAAUUUGAACCUCAUCUGUGAUCGUUGAGCUUUAGAGGCCUCGACAUCAUUGUUUUUACUUGAAAAGCCAAAAUAAUGUACUGGGUUGUACAGUGAAAAAUGUGCUUUGGCGGCGUGGACCACUAGAGGGCAGUCAUGAAUUAAUUGGACGACUUUCUGGUGAUGUGGCAAGACGGCAACGAUAAAGGAAUGACUUCUUUUUGUCCCCAAAAAAAUGACGUUUGGGAUUCAUUUACUUGGGGUGCCAUCGGCGAGAGCUCCGUCUUUGGGUGCUGAAAUAGUGUGCUGCAUAUGAUUGCUCAUAACUCUUUAAAAAAAAAAAAUUCAACAGGAGAAAGGAGAAUAA